CGUCUCCCCUGCUUCGUGUGAGCGGAUGGUUCCUUCCAAGCUAUAUGUAGCGCUGCUCUGCCCUGGAGGACUGCAUUUAGAAGCUGAAAGCUGAGCAGGGAGUGAGUGGGCAGAGGAGUCCGUGCCAUGAGAGUGUGCAGCCGCAGAGCACUGACAGAUCGCCGCCCGGUACAGUGCACCGCACCAUGCGCUAGGGGCGAGCCUCCCGUGCCCUCUGCAGCCUCUGUUCACACUGCGCGAUGCUGCCCUGGAAAAAGAAUAAGUUCGAUCUGAUCGAGGAAGACAGCAAGCAGACCAAGCAGAAAGGCUAUGCGGUGAGCCUCAACUACAGCGCCCUCACCUCCUUCGCCAAGUCCUGCCCGGAGGGGGCACUCACCAGAGUGGGCAGCAUGUUCAAAUCCAAGAGGAAGAAAAUCAGGAUCACCGGGGAGGACCCGACGUACACCGUACUGUACCUGGGCAAUGCCACCACCCUGCAGUCCAAGGGGGAAGGCUGCACCGACCUGGCUGUGUGCAAGAUCUGGAGCAAGAGCGAGAUGGGCAAGCAUGGCACCAAGAUGAAGCUGACUGUUAGCUCUCAGGGCAUCCGCAUGGUGCAUGUGGAGGACAAAGCCAAGCGGCCCGGGCACCUGUACCUGCUGCACAGGGUCACCUACUGCGUGGCCGACCCCCGGCUGCCCAAGAUCUUCGCCUGGAUCUACCGACACGAGAUGAAGCACAAGGCGGUGAUGCUGCGAUGCCAUGCCGUGCUGGUGUCCAAGCCGGAGAAAGCCAAAGCCAUGGCACUGCUGCUGUACCAGACCUCUGCCAACGCCCUGGCCGAGUUCAAGAGACUGAAGAGAAGGGAGGACGCCCGGCACCAGCAGCAGCAGCUCAUCGGGGAGCAGAGCAUCCCCCUGGUCCCUCUGAGGAAGCUCCUGAACGGACAGUGCUGCUACAAGCCCCCGGUGGAGCGCAGCCGCAGCGCCCCCAAGCUGGGCUCCAUCACCGAGGACCAGCAGGGCGAGGAGGAAGAGGAGAGAGCCAUGAGCUUCGAGUGUGAGGACGUGCUGGAUACCGGGGGUGGCGGGGACGAGGGAGGGGGCGGCGGGCCGGACGGGAAGCGGGAGCUGUCUCAGCUCAUCAGUGACCUGGGGGAGAUGAGCCUGGGGAACGACCUGCAGACCCUCCGGGCGGACCUCCGGGUCACCAGGCUGCUGUCCGGGGAGAGCACGGGCAGCGAGUCCUCCAUAGAGAGCAACCACGACAAUGGACCCGUCAGUAAUGGCUUUGAGGAGUGUCGGGAGCCGGAGACAGUGUGAGGGGGGACAGGGGGCUGCAUACCGGGGGAGACCCCCUGACAGCCGAGGAACCAGAGACUUGGCAGUGAUGGGGUUACCGGCCUAGUCCACUGGGUCUUCAGUGGGUUAAUAUGUAUUGCCCUGAUAACAUUCUAUGGUCUGAAUCCUGAGGUCUGUGACAUUGAUUCCGAAGUAUUAUGAUGGGUUUAAUACACAGCUUUUUAUGGCCAUACCCUACUAUGAAGCCGAAGAUUUAUGGCAUUGAUUGGGUUAAUAUAUUCCCUUGUUAUGCAGGGUAUGACAUUGUAGCAUUAUAUGGGCAUAGUCUAUUAUGUGACUCGAGUUAUGUGGCAUUGAUGGGGUUAAUACAUAGCCCUGAUAUGUGGUCUAUGAUCUAGCAUUCUAUGCCCAUAUUUCACAAUGUCUGCUUCCUGAGGUCUCUGGCAUUGACUGGGUUAAUAUAUUGCCCUGAUAUGCCAGUAAUGACAUAGAAUACUAUGGAAAUAUAAUGCUACAGUGUCUGGGUCCUGAGCUCUGUGGCAUUGAUGGGGUUAAUAUAUUGCCUUGAUAUGCCAGUAAUUACAUAGAAUACUAUGGAAAUAUAAUGCUAGUGUCUGGGUCCUGAGCUCUGUGGCAUUGAUGGGGUUAAUAUAUAAUCCUAAUAUGUGGUUUUACCAUCGUAGCAUUAUAUGGCCAUAUUCUACUAUGUCUAUGUUUUAUUUCAUCAAUGGGGUCAAUGUCUAUUUUCUCCGAUACUGGGUCUAUGACCUCAUGCCCUUGUGUUUGAAUCCUGAGGGUCGCAGCAUUAAUAGGGUUAAUAUUGCCCUGGUAUGUGCUCUAUGACAUCAUUCCAUUGUGCGCUCAUGUUGCCUAUGUGUGAGUGCUGGUGAUGAGUGGCUAGGGUUACCGGGCAGGUCAACUAGUCUCCUAGAUCUCCCUCUCCUGUGACCAUUGCCAGACGUCACUAUCCGCUCCAGGUCUUGUACUCUGGUUAUGGAUCUGCUCAAUUUACUUUGAAGAGAGAGUUGCCAUAGUGUUAGAAACCUAUAUGAAUAGUGGCAGCCUAUAAAGGGUUAACACAUGCAUUGAUCAGACCCCCCCCCAAUUAAAGAUGGCAUGUUAUUUGUUCCUCUGGGAGAUGUGGUUAGGGACAUAUGUGCAAUGCCUCAGGUCCUCCAGCACUGGGUGAGGUAUGCUUGAUGUAGGAUCCACCCCUGGCCUGAGGGGGGCGCUGAGACUGCCCUGGUGCUUGCACCUUAUAUCCUCAUCAGUAUUACCUGUAGGUGGAACUAAACAUUCUGUCCUUUGUGUGGUUUAGGAUCACUCUUCAAUUUACCCGGAGUCCUGACUGUCUCAGGGUUCAUAGCUAACAUGGAGUCUACAAGACUUGGUGCAAUGCCACUCUAUUGUAUGAACAAAUAGCCUCCUGCCAUAUGUAUUACAGUAUUUAUCUAUAUAGAUGUCGUCUUUUCUGGAAAAAGCUAGAAACAACCCCCAUAGGUCUCCAUAUUGCUGAACUCCUGCAAGUCUUGAUUUCCCAUGGGAUGAAUUGCAUAUAAAGCGGCCCUCUGGAUCUUUGUAGACCUUUCCCAUUAAUGCUGAAUGUAAAGUUGAAGUGAACCUGUCAUCACUUCCAUGCUGCCCGAACCAUGACUCAUGAGGGUUGUCCUAGGUGGCUUCUGCCUGCCCCACCAUAGUUGAUUUAGAGAGACAGAGAAUGCCCAGCUGGUGGGGCAGACAGACGACUUGGGGACUGACCUCAUGACUUGUGGUUCAUGCAGUGUGAAAGUGGGGACAGGGUCCCUCUAAAGUACCUGGUGCCUUCCUGCUUCUCAGACUACCCUAUGCUUUAGUAACCCCAACCCUUCAUUCUUAGACAAGAGCCAAGAAGCAGACCACUAUUUUACCUAAAUAAAGAGGUGGGGGGGGCAUAACGCCUGCAAAGAGGGCCAUGGGUAUUCCGUUUCACACUCUCCAUGUAAUGUAAACCUAUAAUGGAGAUCCACGGGGUUGCUUUAAGAAUGAUUCCAGAUAAUUAAGCUAUGGUAGUAAUGGUCACAUUCUGCAGAGGUGGUGGGGGAUUCGGGAGUCAACACAGAAUAGUUCAGAGCUGCCUCUGAUGUCUGGUAACACACUAGAUGCCUAUGUAGUAGGUUUUCUGUAAAAAAAAAAAAAAUUUUGUUUUUUUAGUAUCUCCUUACUGACAGAUGACUCCAAACUAAAUAAAGCAGCAAUUCUCCACGUUCCUUCAAUAUGUGUUCCAGGUCAUUCAUGCAGAUUGCAGCACUGCUGCUGUUCCCUCAGGAUGAGGUUUCUUGGCUGGUGAAUGCAGUGCUGGUCCUACGUAUAACAAGGCUGUUCUAUGUUAUUAAUCCCGUCUCUCUCCGCUUCCUGUUUUAUCCUGUCCUUGGCUUGGACAAUGUUUGCACAUAUAAUUACAGUGGGGUGGGGCACAGCCGGGUGAAAUAAUGCCAAUCCACUUUUGCACCAGGUACACGAAUUCACUGCAGCUGAAAGGCAAAUUGCGCAGUCUGAUCAUGGCAUCGUCAGUGCCAGCGGCUGCGCGCACUCUUCACUCAGGCCUUCAUGAAGAUGAGACAACUCUGUAUGUAAAUGUAAUUCUGCCAUCAAAUACUGUUACCUUCCCACCGCUACGCCAUCAGUUUGCUAUAGGUGACACGCAAUAACACCAUCUCCUAUGAUGCCACACAUUUUGCCUAAACAAAAGCUUUAGGGUAAGGUUAGUUAACCAAUUAAGAGCCAUUUACUAUUUAUAAAAUUUCUUGGCUAUACCAAAAAGCUGCAUUUAGAACGCUGUUACAUUGGCAAAUUUCCAAUAGAUGUAGCAGAACUAAAAUGGUUGUGUAGCGCGCUUCCAGUGGGAGCUGCAAAAAAAUGUGUUGUAGAAUGUAAAUGCCAGUCUUGGCUCUGCUACAUCUGUGGGACUUGUCCCUUCUCCGUCCAUUGGUAGUUUACAUCUCCACCUUUUAUGAGAAUGAAGCUGUAGAACAGCAGAUUGAUGCAGCAUUACUGGACAUGAAUGUCUCAGUGCCAGGCACUUCUAAAGGUAUUCCAUGAGGCACUGCGAGUUGUGUGCCACAGCUUUGCCCUCUUUCCUUUUAGUGGAUAUUAUUAUUCUUUUUUUCCCCUCAUACCUCAGACACCCACCUGCCAAAGCUCUGCAAUGAAACGGAGACUUGGUACACUUGUAUGUUUACACGCUUGUUUUAUUUUUAAACAGCCCACUGGGAUACUUCCUCUUAUGUCAUUACAUUCCAUGAUGGUUUUUGUAAUACUUGCACUGUUGUGAAGUACUUUUCCAGUGUUUCAUAGAUGUAAAUACCUAUAUAUUUUGUACAUAAUGGUCACACAAUUCUAAAUGUUAUCUUUGCUGUGCAAAAGACAAAUAUGUUGUUGUUCAUUUGUACAUAUUUUGUGUAUAUAGUUAAUUUUCUUUGUUAUUUUUUAAAGGACAUCACUGUUACGAUGUUUGUUUGCACACCUGAAAAAAGUAAUAAAAGGAAAUAAUUUAAGACUU